AUGGGGAGCAUUUCAGGUACGGAAACUUAUUUUCCGCAAGUCCUUCAGGAAGUUCAACUGAAGGAGAGAUCCUCAUGUCCCGCUCGGACCUCUAGCAAGCAAAUCUGUCUAAAGGGCAGUUAUAAGGACAGUUGUGGGGGUGACUCGGGGGGACCUGCGUACCCUCUGACCAGCAGUGGACCCAGAUGUCUCUACGGAGUCGUGAGCUACGGAAGUAAAAAGUGCACUGGAUGGGGAGUCUACUCACGAGUGUCUGCAUACGCCGACUGGAUUGAACGGAACGCAUAA